UCUAAGCGUUUUGCAUUAUCUCUUCACUUUUCAACUCUAGAUAAUACAAUCCAUGGCUGUUGGAGAGGCUUUUCUCUCUGCCUUUCUUCAAGUUUUGUUUGAUAGAUUGGCUUCCAAUGAAUUUCUAGGCCUACUGUGUGGCAGGAAAUAUGAUGAUUUGCUAGAGAAGUUGAAGAUCACCGUGCUAACGGUUACUACGUUGCUUAAUGAUGCUGAGGAGAAGCAGUUUUACAACACUGAAGUGAGGAAGUGGCUACACAUGACCAAGGAUGCCCUAUAUGAUGCAGAGGAUAUACUCGAUGAACUGGCUAGUGAAGCUUUGGCAUUUAAGAUGGAAGCUGAAUAUCAUACCAGCACGAAUAAGGUAUGGAACUGGUCUCCUAUUUCCACCCCUCGCAGUCCAUCUAGUAGAAGGGUAGAAUCUAAAUUGAUGAAGAUAAUUGAGCGGUUAGAGUUAAUUGCCAAAUAUAAAAAUGUUCUAGGCUUGAAAGACAAUGUUGGAGGGAGGUUGUUUGGCUCAAGGCUUCGAUCACCAACAACUUCGUUGGUGGAUGAAUCGUGUGUUUAUGGCAGGAGCUAUGAUAAAGAGAAAAUAAUUCAACUUCUUGUGCAGGAUGAACCAACGAGUAGUAAAGUUCAUGUAGUUCCUAUAGUGGGCAUGUGUGGUAUUGGAAAAACAACUCUUGCUCAAUUGGUUUAUAAUGAUGACAUAGUGGACAGGCAUUUUGAUUUGAAAGUUUGGAUAUUUGUAUCUAGUCAGUUUGAUGCAGUGAGGGUGACAAAAACAAUGCUUGGCUCACUCCAUUCAGGAAAGGUCGAUCUUGAUGACUUAAAUUUGCUCCAAGUUUGUUUGAAAGAAAAAUUGGCUGGGAAGAGGUUCUUGCUUGUUUUAGAUGAUAUUUGGAAUAAAAGUAAUAAUGAUUGGGAUCUCUUGUUGAUGCCUUUGAAAGUAGGGAAAAGUGGAAGUAAGAUAAUAGUCACAACACAGAAUACUGAGGUUGCCUCAAGCCUGGGGACUGUACCAGCAUACCAUUUGAGCGGUUUAUCAUUUGAAGAUUGUUGGUCAUUGUUCAUGAGUCAAGCAUCGGAGAGCAGAAUCAUGAAUGUUAACUUUCAGGCCAUUGGUGAGGGAAUUGUGAGAAGGUGUGCUGGUUUGCCCUUGGCAGUGAAAAGAUUUGGAGUCUUACUGCGGUCAAGAACUGAAGAAGAUGAAUGGAAAGACAUUUUAGAUAGACCAAUAUGGGAUCUACCAGAUGAUGAAAGUAACAUACUUCAAGUUUUAAGCUUGAGCUAUCAUCACCUUCCUGCUCAUCUGAAGCCGUGUUUUGCAUAUUGUUCCAUUUUCCCAAGAGAAUAUGAACUGGACAAGGAGACACUUGUUUUAUUAUGGAUGGCAGAAGGUUUUCUUCGGCAACCUAGAGGCAAGAAAAAGUUGGAAGCUGUGGGUGAUGAGUACUUUCAUGAGCUAGUUUCCAGAUCAUUCUUUCAGGAGACUAUUCACAACAGAUCACGUUAUAUAAUGCACAACCUCAUGCACGAACUAGCACAGUUUGUUUCUGGAGAAUUCUGUUUCAGAUUGGAGGAAGAAAUUGAGGAUGGUGAUAAACACAAAGCUUUUGACAAGGCUCGUCAUUCUUCCUAUGUUCGUCGUCAACGUGAGGUAACAACAAGGUUUGAGUCCUUCAGCAGACUUGAGCGCUUACGCACCUUCCUUCCAUUGGAUUCAACAGAUGGAAUUGGAGUCAGCUAUUUGUCCAGCAAAGUCCCUAAUGAUCUGCUGCCUAAGUUAAGAUGUUUAAGAGUGCUAUCUUUCUCUGCAUGUCGUAUUACUGAACUGCCAGAUUCACUUGGCAAUUUAAAACACCUACGCUAUUUGAACCUUUCUCGCACUGCAAUUGAAGGGCUGCCUGAUUCAAUGACUAUGCUUUACAACUUACAGACAUUGAUAUUAACAGAAUGUCGCUCUCUCACUAGGCUACCAGUAGGAAUGGGGAACUUAACAAGCCUACGCCAUCUUCAUAUCAAUGGAAGCAGACUAGAAGAGAUGCCGUCGCAAAUGUGUGCAUUAAAGAAUCUUCAAACCUUGUCAAAGUUCAUUGUUAGUAGAGAGAGAGGAUGGGGAAUUAGAGACUUGAAGGACAUGCUGCAACUUAAAGGCUCACUUCACAUUUCUGGGUUGCAGAAUGUUGUUAACUUUGUAGAUGCAAUGGAGGCUAAUCUGAAGGGCAAGCAAGAACUGGAGCACUUGGUGCUCCAAUGGAGUGAAACUUAUGAUCGUUCACUAAAUGAUAACAUGCCACAAAUUCACAGAAAUCUUGAAGAUCUCAGCACCAGAGGACAUAGUGUUACGAGAUUUCCUAGUUUCAAGGAAACCAUGGAGGCUUCUGCAUUGGAGUCGAGAAACAAUGUGGACAUUUCAAGAAAUGAAAGAGUUGAAAUGGUUGUACUUGAGAUGCUGCAACCUCAUAAAAGUAUAAAAGGAAUCACGGUGAAGGACUAUGAAGGCACAAGAUUUCCUAGUUGGAUUGCAUCCCCAUUGUUCUCCAAUAUUAUACUUCUAAAAGUUACUGAUUGCAGGAAGUGUUCAGAAAUACCAGCACUUGGGCAACUACCCUCUCUAAAAUAUCUCAUUCUUGAAGGGAUGGAUGGCCUCAAGAGAAUAGGUGCUGAGUUUUAUGGGAAUCGUCACUCUCCAAUCCUUCAAUUUCCAUCAUUGGAAACUCUAAAGUUGAACCGAAUGAUAAACUUGGAGGACUGGUCAUCUUCUGGGGUUGAAGGGAGAGAAGACUUCUGUCAUCUAAAGAAGAUUGAGAUUCUGAACUGUCCAAAGCUUCGAAGAUUUUCACAACACUUUUCUGCCUUGAAAGAAAUGAGAAUCAAGUGGUGUGAAGAACUGAUUUCUCUUCCAUGCCUUACAAAUACUGUUAAUGCCUUGGGAGAAACCAUAGAAUUCCCUUGCCUCCUGGAACUUUGUAUAUGGACAUGUCCCAAAUUAAAGAGAAUGCCUAGCGUCUUUCCAUCUCUGAAAGUACUUGAGAUAAAUGGAUGUCAAGAACUAGAAGAACUGCCCAAGCUCCCUUUCAUCCAUGAGUUGGAACUUAAAAACUGCAAUGAGGGGGUACUAGAAAGUAUAAUGGGGCUUGCCUCUGUUACCUACUUGCGUUUGAAUCAGAUUCCCACUCUAACAUGUCUAGUUGAAGGAUUUCUGCGGCACUUGACAGCUCUUGAAGAGUUGCAGCUUGCAAAUCUAAGUGAGAUGAUCACUUUGUCUGAUAAUCUUGGAUGGCAAAACCUCUUGCACCUCAAGCACUUGGAAAUUUCAGAAUGUCCACUCCUCAAAGAGCUGCCGCAAUGCUUGUACAAACUCUCCUCUCUCAAGGAGCUUAGAAUCUGGAGAUGUCCUUCGCUUGUAUCAUUUCCGAACACAGGCUUUCCUUCCACUCUUAGAGGCCUUGAGAUCAAAGGUUGCGAGGCCCUGCAGUUCCUACCAGAGUGGAAGAUGCACAGUGACGAGCGAUCCCAUCCGUUUGAGUAUCUGGUAAUUGAAGAUUGUUCUUCUUUAAAGUCUUUACCAGGAGGAACGGUUCCUCGUACACUUCAGCACAUUGAAAUCCAAAAUUGUAUAAAUUUGGAUUUCCUCCCCGAGCACAUGAUUCAGAACAACACUUGUCUUGAAUUCCUCAACGUUUCUGGGUGUCACUCUGUUGUGUCCUUUCCAGAAGGUACUUUUGGGCUCCCUGUAGGCACAUCUAGCAUGGUGAUGAACCUUAAACAACUCAUCAUCAGCAACUGCACCAAACUCAAGUUGAUUCCUGAAGGCCUUCACAAUCUUAUCCAUCUCAAAAACUUGGAAAUUGCCGAGUGUCCACUGGUUGAGGCUAUUGCAGAGUAUGGCCUGCCUACCUCCAUGCUGCAGUCCAUCAAGAUAUCAAAAUGCCAAAGCCUCAAGUCCCUACCAAAUCGCCUGUAUAGUCUCACAUGUCUUCAAGAACUAUCUGUUGAAGGUUGCUCCAAUCUUGUGUCAUUUCCAGAGGGUGGCUUGCCUACCAAUCUACUGUCGCUUUCGAUCCUGGACUGCGAGAAACUCUUGCCGACGUUUGAGUGGGGGUUACAUGGGCUCACAUGUCUCACCAACCUCACUUUUGGCGGUUGUGAAGCUCUGGUUUCGUUCCCAGAGGACUGGUUGUUGCCUACCACUUUAUCCUCUCUUCAACUUCAGAGAUUGCCAAAUCUUGAAUCCCUUCCCAAGAGACUGAAUGAACUUACCUCUCUGGAUAGCCUGGAGCUAUCAGAAUGUGACAGACUUCAGACCUUUACAGAAGAGGAGCAACCAAGGAUGCUUCAGAAUUUUGAAAUUCUGGGAUUUCCUCUUACAAGUGGCUUUGUCUAA